CACACACACAGCUCUUUUUUGAGCCUCUGUCCGGCCGGACGGAAAAACCUCUCAUCUUAUCACCCUGCUACCUCCUUCUGUCCAUUCUUUCCUCUUUCUGUCCUUUGCAGAUUUUCCUCUCCUCUCCUCUCCUUUCCACUUCCACUCUCCCCCCAUUCCUCCCUCCCUCUCUCUCGCCCUCUCUCUCUCUCUCGCCCUCUCUCUCUCUCUGUCUCAGUCUCUUGCCCUCCCCUCUCAGUGGUAAGUUCAUUGAAGUAGACAACAGAGAGAUGAAAGAGAAGAACCCCUGGCACAUGCCUGUGACCAUCAUCAUCACUGUGAUUGGUGUCAUAGCGAUUGUUGCCCUGGUGACGGUAGCAGUUUUGCAGAACAGGCCCCUCCCACAAAAGUACAAGUAUGGGAUUGUGCUGGACGCUGGUUCCUCCCACACAGCUCUGUACAUCUAUGAGUGGCCAGCAGAGAAGGAUAACAACACUGGAAGAGCUGAACAGAAGCAUUCAUGCAAAGUCAAAGGUCCAGGUAUCUCCAGCUAUGCCUCAGCUCCACUGAAAGCCGGGGAGUCUCUGAGAGCAUGCAUGCAGGAGGCGGAGCAGUGGGUCCCUGAAAGAAGACACCGCGAAACCCCUCUUUACCUGGGGGCCACUGCUGGAAUGAGACUGUUAAAUAUGGAGAAUAGCUCGGCGUCAGACAAGGUCUUCAGAGCUGUGGAGGGAGCCCUGCAAAAGGCCCCCUUCUCCUUUCAAGGAGCAAGAAUACUGAGCGGACAGGAGGAGGGCGCCUUCGGCUGGGUCACAGUCAACUACUUGGAUGACCGCCUUAAACAGGGUUUGGAAACCACAGGGGCCCUUGACCUUGGCGGGGCCUCCACUCAGAUUAGCUUCAUAUCUGAUCAAUUUGACGGGUCAGAGUCACAGAGCAACUCCGUGACCUUCCGGCUCUAUGGAAACGACUACAACCUUUACACCCACAGCUUCCUGUGUUACGGGAAAGACCAAGCAUUGCGAUUGACGCUGGCACACCAGACACAGUCGGGUCCAACCUCAAUAUUAGAUCCUUGUUUCAACCCUGGCUACACUUCAACAAAGAACUACUCAGCCCUCUAUGACAGCCCCUGCGUGUCGAACAGGAAACCCCAAGGAGCACCUCAGUCGUUUAUUCAAGAGGGGAAAGGAAACUUCCUACAAUGCCAGGAAGUGGUCAAAAAUGUCUUCAACUUUACCCACUGUAAAUACAGCAAAUGCUCCUUCAAUGGGGUCUUCCAGCCGCUUCUGCAGGGGCCAUUUGGGGCUUUCUCCGCUUACUACUUUGUGAUGAACUUCCUCAACCUGACAGACACAACCAUCCCUCUGGAAACUGUCAAGCAAAAGCUAGCAAGCUACUGUGCUACUCCUUGGAGUCAGAUAAUGCAGCAGCAUCUCGGCAUUAAUGUGAAGUAUCUGGCUGAGUACUGUUUCUCUGGCACGUACAUCCUCACUCUGCUCACAGAAGGAUACAACUUCACCUCAGAGAGCUACUCGGAUAUUAAAUUCAUCAAAAAGAUAAAAGGCAGUGAUGCAGGCUGGACUCUGGGCUACAUGUUAAAUCUGACCAACAUGAUUCCAGCUGAGGCUCCUGACUCCCCUCCUCUACCCCACGCCGGCUACGUCUCUAUAGUCACCAUUAUGGCAAUACUGCUCUUGAUCCUCUUCAUCAUUAGUCUGCGUCCUCUAUGGCCCCGCUGCUCCACACAACCCCAGAUCGUAUAAACACACAGAUAUAUAUAUAUAUAUAGGUUAAGUUGAGAAGGCGAAUAUAUCUGAGAGCCUGUUAGUGUGAAGGUGACGGCUUUACUCCCAAUUUGUGAAACAAUAGACGACUGUACACUUUCCAGCCUCUGUGGGGAGGUCAAAGGUCGAAAGUCUGCUGCACAACAACAGUCCCAUAGCUCAUGUGGAUUCAAGGACAUUUCAGAAGGACAAAAACUAUCUCUCUCAGGGGAGUGAGUUCUGCUUCUCUGGUUGAAGGACAUUCUCUGUGUUUGUGUGUAUGUGUGAGUCUGAACGUGUGAAUGUGAACGCCUGCUUGAUUGUGUGUACCCACAUCAGUCUGCAUGUUGGUGUCUUGAAUUACGAUGUGAAUAUGUUAAUGUAUAAAUAAAAUAACCCAAGUUUAUAUAAAAGUUUGA